AUGUCCCUUUUGACUGGUGGUAAAUCUGAAUUAGCCCGUACUCCGGCAGUCUCCAGCGAGGGCAGUGGGUCCUCACAGUGCAAUGGAGACGAGUACCAGCAAAUCAAUACCAUGGAGUCUCCAGGUCAGAUGAGGCAAAACUAG